AUGGCAGAUCAUACAGAUAUGAAAAUGGACAUGGGAGAUAACAGCUCCAGUUCUGGUGAUGCAGAAGGAGAAUCAGACGCGCCUCUUAAUCAACAAGGUGCCGUGCCUGCGCCGAUAGAGGACGAGCCACUAGACGCAGCCGACAAGAUCGACUUGAAUUACGUUGAUCCAGAUUUAUACGGUCUGCGGAGAUCGGGAAGAUCAGCAAAAAAUCAAUCGAUGGAUCCGACAUACUUGGAUGAGUUUUUAGACGAUGACGAGGAUGAUUACGAUGAAUCACCCAAGCGCAAAUCGAGGAAAGGCGGUGGAGGUAGCAAGAGGAGAGCGGCUAAUAGGGAAGCGCCUCCACCUCGUUUCGACGAAAGCUCUGAAGACGAGUACUUCACUUCAGUCACCUCAAAGAAACGCCAAAGAACUAAACAGCGCGCUCAAUCAAGCGAUGAGGAUGAUAGCCUGGAUGAUGAUGACGAAGCUGGUGCUUUUAGAGCAUCCUCUAGAGGUAAUAACGGCGUGAGAAAUUACAACGAAGAAGCCAUCGCCGGUUUUGAAACAGAUGAAAGUGAACGCUUCGAAGCUGAUACGGUUCCCGUUGAAGAACCUAAAGUUGGUGAUAAACCGUCGGAAUACGAGAUUGAAACUGUAUUCGGUCACUCGAGGGAUGCAACUAAUUCCCCCGAUGAGGAUGACGAUCCUUACGAGAACAUUAGAUUCCACAUCAAGUGGAGAGGCUUCUCUCACCAUCACAACACAGACGAGACUUAUGAGUUCCUUAAACGCUGCAAAGGUAUCAAGAGAGUCGAUAAUUACAUCAAAAACAUCUACAAUUACCAGCAUGAAAUUUAUCGCCACCGCGAACAGAACAAGGAAGACUUUGAAAUUGUUGAGAUGGAAAAAGAGAGACUUAGAGAUCUCGUUGAUAUGUACAGGAAGGUGGAGCGCAUUCUCGACCAGCGAGACAGUGGUACGACUACAGAAUACUUUUGCAAAUGGACUGGUCUGCAGUACUCAGAGUGUACCUGGGAGAAGCAUGAUGAUGUUGUCCAAUACGCUCCUGAGCAGAUCGACGCUUAUCUUCUCAGAACUGCUUCAACAACUCUUCCAAACAGAUCUGCCAAUUACAACAGAUCCAGACCUGCUUUUAGAACUUUAAUGGAGUCCCCUAACUACAUUCAAUCUACUGGUGGUGAAUUACUCGAUUAUCAGAUGACUGGUUUGAAUUGGCUCGCUUAUCUCUGGUCUAGAAUGGAAUCAGGUAUUUUGGCAGACGAGAUGGGUCUCGGUAAGACUGUUCAAUCUAUCGCUUGGAUUUCUUGGCUUUUCCACGAAAGACAGCAAUAUGGUCCCUUCUUGGUCGUAGUCCCUCUAUCGACCAUACCGGCCUGGCAAGCUCAAUUUCAAAAGUGGGCACCAGACUUGAACGUCGUUUGCUACAAUGGUUCUGGAAAGUCUCGUGAGGUUAUCAGAGAGUAUGAGUUUGGUGAAAUAAAAAAACUCAAAUUUAAUGUCUUGCUCACUACAUACGAGUUUUGCCUGAAGGACCGUACUGAGUUGGGUCAAAUGAGAUGGCAGGCACUGCUCGUCGAUGAGGCUCAUCGUCUCAAAAAUUCUGAGUCUCAGUUAUAUGAGACGCUCUUCAGUUUUGUCACAAAUUCCAAGCUGCUCAUCACUGGUACACCGCUUCAGAAUAACGUUAAGGAAUUAUCCGCACUGAUGCACUUCUUGAUGCCUGAAAGGUACCAAAUCACAGGUGAUUUUGAGUUGACAGAUGAGGAUCGUGAGGAUAAGAUUGGACAGCUGCACGAUCAAUUGAAGAAUAUUAUGUUGAGAAGAUUAAAGAGAGAUGUGAUCAAGUCACUUCCAACAAAGUCUGAACGUAUUCUACGUGUAGAGUUAUCCAGCUUGCAAACUCACUACUACCGUAAUAUACUCACUAAAAACUUUACUGCAUUGAAGGGCUCAGAAGGUAGUGGUCCUGCUAUGUCGAUGAUGAACAUUGCCAACGACUUGAGGAAGGCUUCUAACCACCCAUACUUAUUCGAUGGCGCUGAAGGAUCAGCUAGCAUGAAAGAAGAGAUCCUCAAGGGUCUCGUUAUGAACUCUGGUAAAAUGGUACUGCUCGAUAAGUUACUUGCACGUCUUAAGGCCGAUGGUCAUCGAGUUCUUAUCUUCUCACAGAUGGUCCGUAUGCUCGAUAUCAUCUCUGACUAUCUAUCGUUGCGUGGGUAUAUGCAUCAAAGAUUAGACGGUACAAUUCCAUCAGAGCAACGCAGAAAAGCUAUUAAUCACUUUAAUGCGGAUAAUUCUCCUGACUUUGCAUUCCUUCUGUCUACAAGAGCUGGUGGACUAGGUAUCGACUUACAGACAGCAAACACGGUUAUCAUUUUUGACAGUGAUUGGAAUCCACAAAAUGACUUACAAGCAAUGGCAAGAGCUCACAGAAUUGGACAGAAAUCCCACGUCAGUAUUUACAGAUUCGUUAGCAAAGAUACUAUGGAGGAGGAUAUUCUUGAGCGUGCAAAGAGAAAAAUGGUUCUAGAGUAUGCUAUUAUUAAUCAAGUUGAUACUUCUGGUAAAAACAUCGGUCAACCUAAAUCAGCAAAGCAACAACCAGACAAUUUCUCGAAAGAAGAAUUGUCUGCUAUCUUGAAAUUCGGUGCACAGAACAUGUUCAAGACUGAUGACAAGGAGCAAAACAAAAAACUUGCUGAACUUAAUCUUGACGACUUGCUCGCUCGUGCUGAAGAUUUGGAGAGUGACAAAGCUGUUGGUGGAUCAUCUCUUGGUGGACAAGAUUUCUUGCAGCAAUUCCAGGUACAAGAUAUAAAGAAUGAUACUAGCUGGGAGGAUAUUAUUCCGGCUGAAGAGCGUGACAAGCUCGAUGAGGAACAGAAGGAGGAGCUUCGGAAACAGACUGAAGAAGAGAUGCAGGAGCAGUAUGGUAAAAGAGCUGCAUCAAAGGUUCAACCAGGAACAUAUAAGACUGGGGAUGCACCAUCACCUCCAAAGAAGGCACCGCAAAAGGAAGCACCACUAAUACCGAAGAAGACAACAGCUCAGCGUGCUAUCGAGUUGAAGGAAAGAGAUCUGCGAAAUUUGAUUCGUGGUAUAACCAGAUUCGGUGAUAUUAGAAUUCGCAUGGAUGAUAUCGUCAAAGACAGUAAACUUGAAGGAAAGAAUAGGACAGUUCUUAUCCAAACAUCCGAUGACUUGCUAAACAGAUGCAAGGAAGCUGUUGAUGAACACAACAUGGAGUUGAAGAGCCGUGCUCAAGCUGGUGAAAGCAUAACUCAAAACGAUCGUCAGAAAGCAAUUCUAAUUUCUUUCAAGAGCAUACAAGGCGUUAACUCACUGACAACUUACGUGCGGUACAAAGAGCUAAGCUUCCUUCAUGAUGUGUUGAGUAGUGUCGGUAAUCAUUUGAGCUGGCGUAUACCGGUAGAUAAGUUGAAAUCAGUUGUUGGAUGGGCAUGCGAAUGGACUGCUAAAGAUGAUGCAAUGCUUUUGGUUGGAUGUUGGCGCCAUGGACUGGGCAAUUGGGAAAUUAUCGCCAACGAUAAAGAACUUGGGUUACAGGGCAAACUCUUCUUAGAGGAGGGCAGAGGAAAGACCAAGAAAGAAGACAAAAAGAUACCUAAUGCAGUACACCUUGUUCGCAGAAGUGACUACCUACUGAGUGAGUUGAAGAAGGCACUCGAAAAGGACUUUAUUGCAAAGGAGCAAAUGGAAGCAGCCGGUCCACCUCAGGGAGUAGCAGCACAAGGAAGCAGAGCAGCUCAAUCAAAGCCAUCGCACUCGUCUCCAGUGGUAAAGAAAGAGAGCGUGGAAAGCGACGAAGAGUGUGAGUCAAUGGACGAGGAUGCGAUGAAGGAGGAUAUGAGACCGGUGAGAAAGCAGCUCAAGUCACUAAAAAAUCAAGUGGAUACUUUGAAGGGAGCAGAAAAGCUACAGCUGUUGAAAGACUGUCUUCGCUCAAUUGGUACGCGUAUAGAUGAGCUAAUGACAGCAUCGACGAAUAAAGAAAGAACGCGGAAACACGGUUGGCACUUUGUGACGCUGUUUUGGCCAAAGGAAGUCAAGUAUACGCAAUUAAUAGAAAUCUACAAGAAGCUUGUAGGCCAAUCAAGCACCUCAGCCUCCUCAACACCAACACAAGGAGGAACAAAAAGGCAGCAGUCGCAAGACCUGAGUGAACAAGAAACAAAAAAGCCAAAGAUGUAA